AAACCGAUUUUUUGAAAUUUAUUUCGACCUAAUCUGCGGGUACUUUUUUAAUUCCUUCAGAUGACCGUGCGUUGGUACACCGCCUGUCUUAUUUUAUUCCGCCAUGCGCCUGCCCUGACCCUAUUUUAGUUUAUUUACUUUGAAUAUUUUACUGCAAUAGGCAUUUGAAAACAAUGUGUUUGAGUUGUGCUAUAUUUUCAGUGAAACGACGUUCUAAAGCUCAUAAAUAGUAUUUUACUGUACCACAAUAUUACAAUAUAAUCGUAUCAAUACAAAACGUUGAAAUUUAAGAAUGAUAGUUGUAACUAUUUAAGUUACAAGUGUGCAUCUAAAACAAUGCAAAUAUCUUCCACCAAAAGUCAGCAAAAAUAUGUUCGUGACUGCGUAGUUUACUCGAACAACACGUGAGUUUGUUGGGCCAAAAAAAAAAAUGGUAGUUUUAGCGGUUUUCAUUUAUUUUUCGAUGGGUUUAAGCCUAGUCUCGACCGCGAGUAGCUUACGACACUCAUCGCCCGAUCGUCAUAAACAAUUACAACGCGAAAGAAUGGUGUCGUCUUGUCUGAAUUUGCAGCAGCUGGCCACCGGCUACGAGAAGGGUUGGACGCAGGCCGAAACGAAGCUGAUGUUGGACAACGUACCCGAUUCCGUCCUGAUUUCCGUGUUGCAAAGCCGGUACGAACGCGUCAAGUGCGGGUACGUGUUCAACACCGCGUGUCACGCGUACAUGAUCGACGUGCUGAUGGCCGUCGAAGCCGCCGACUUGCCGGCGUCGGUGGGUCCGCGCUACGAAGAGUCCGUUCGGCUGAUGAUAGUCACGCUGUACAACGGGGGCGUCCGGCGUAUGGACGGUCUGUGGAUGAUGUACUUGCACUUGCACCGGAUGAACGGAUCGACCGCCCGAUUCGCCAAGGCCAACGCGUUCGUGUUGCAAAAGUUGGAACAACUGGCCAAACGGUCCAAGUGCGAUGCGCUCAACGAGUUCAACGCGUUUAACCGCAACUCGGCGUGUCGCCGGAAGUUGAACGACGCCGCCGGACGACCGGAAGCGAUCGCCCGGCUAAUUGAGGAAAACGCGGACACUGUCUCCCAGAUAAUAGCCGUCAACCAAACCAUCGGUCUGGACACCACCGACGCCGACUACUUCCGGGCGGACGCGUUGUAUUUCAACCACGUGUUGGCCGACGAAGAAGUUCUGGACGAGCUUUUGGGGGCUUACGACGUGCAAGUGAACCGCACGGACAUCAAGGCCGCACUGGCGAGUCGCUACGAGAAAGCGCGUCAGUUGGACUUGUCCGUCGAAGGGACGGCGCCGCUAGAAGCGUACCAACUGGCCGUGGUCGAUACGCUGAAAAUGAUCUUGCUCCGGAUGGUGUGGAAAUACGUUAUGCUGUUAAACGUCAAGACAAGCCAGUUGGACUUUAUUGGCGGUCGGGUUUUUUCCAAGCCGAAAGACUACAAUAAUGUCGUUAUACUACAAACGCUCGACUGGUUUGCGAAUUAUUUCGGCUUACAGCACGACAGACAAUUCCUGAACGUGUACAAACGUCUGUCUAGACAGGACACGGACAGUGCCGUCAAAGCGUUACUCGAAGAACUAACGCGCAUCUCGUCAACGCUUGCGUGCACGGUAACGGAAAAGCCCCAAUUGGGCAGUACCGUUUUCGACAGUAACCAAAUGCCAGUCACGAGCUACCCGUUAAUCGGCGCUAAACUGUACCAGUCGGUCAUUGACACGGACGAAGACAUCUCCAAGUGUGAAAACCCGUUUUCCAAGACAUUUCGAAACAUCCUGGACGUUUGCCUUAAACAUAAAAUCACUAUUCAUAAAAUAUUAAACCACAUUAAGCCUUUAUCCGAAAUCGACGAAAAAGAUUUGAUUUCGAUCAGUCUUUACGUUUUUCAGCAUCACGUGCGAGGCAUGUUCAAAGAUAUUCAUUUUGAAAUGAUUAGAUCGUUUCAAAUAUUCUCCGAAGUCGAUUAUCAAAGCGAUGAAAAUAUAUCUCAGUUGGAACCAGAAAUAAAACAGUCAGAAGAAGAAAUUUUCAAGGAAAUGUUUGAUAGAGCCUUAUGGAACGAGUAACUUUUCCUAAUUAAGUAUUGUGUUCGACCAAUUAAUUUUUCAAG